CGGGGCGGGCGCGCUCAUGCGCAGUAUCCGCGGUGGCGAUGGCGGCGACGAGAGCGGGAGUGCGGCCCGGGGUGGUGCUGGGCGCGAUGGAGAUGGGCCGGCGGGCCGGGCCCGAGGCCAGCGCAGAGAUGCUCCGCGCCUUCCUGCGCCGCGGGUACCGGCUCAUCGACACCGCGCAUUUUUACGGAGGAGGAGAGUCCGAGAAGAUCCUGGGCUCGCUGCUGGCGGGCGGCGCCGAGCCCGUGGAAAUCGCCACCAAGGCCAACCCCUUGGAUGGGAAGACACUGAAGCCCGAGAGCGUGCGAUCGCAGCUGGAAACGUCCCUGGAGAGGCUGAAGAGGACGAGCGUGGAACUCUUCUAUCUCCACCUUCCUGACCACGGGACCCCAGUGGAGGAGACACUGCGUGCCUGCAAUGAGCUGCACAAAGAAGGAAAGUUUAAAGAGCUCGGUCUGUCAAACUACGCGGCGUGGGAGGUGGCAGAAAUCUGCACCAUCUGCAGAUACAACAACUGGGUGAUGCCAACUGUGUACCAGGGAAUGUACAAUGCAACCACUCGCCAGGUGGAAGUCGAGCUGUUCCCUUGCCUGCGAUACUUCGGGAUGCGGUUCUAUGCCUACAAUCCGCUGGCAGGGGGAUUGCUGACCGGCAAGUACAAGUACGAGGACAAAGACACACGCCAGCCCACUGGACGGUUUUUUGGGAAUGACUGGGCUCAAGUGUACAGGGACAGGUACUGGAAAAAACACAAUUUUGAAGGAAUUGCCCUAGUAGAAAGAGCUCUGAAAGACGCUUACGGCUCCAACGCGCCGAGCCUGACCUCUGCAGCCUUGCGCUGGAUGUACCACCACUCCAAACUGCAGGGUUCUCUUGGAGACACGGUGAUCGUGGGGAUGUCCAACCUGGAGCAGCUGGAGCAGAACCUGGACUACAGCGAGGAGGGUCCCCUGCUCCCGGCGGUCGUGGAGGCGUUCGAUAGCGCCUGGAACAUGACGGCGCACGACUGCCCCAACUAUUUCCGCUAGAGACCAGGGUAGGGACACGAAAGCGGGUGUGGAGAGGGUGGAAAAUCGAGUGCGAGUCUCUGUAAGCACAGGAGAGGUAUUUACCCCCUGCCCUUCGCUCGAUGUGAUUUUUGCCUGUAUUAAUGAAGUUUUUAGGAUGCACUAAUGGCUGUCAGCACAUGUUAGGCCAUGCUUUAUUCUUCCUCCCCUCGUGGACGUUCGGCUGUAUGCAGCACACACUAUGACUUAAAAAUGCAGUUGAUUGGGGAAAACUGACACAGAAGUGGCAGAGGGGCCCCAGUUCUGAUUUAAUGAGAUAUUAGCUAAUUAAUUUAAUAAAUAAAACUUUUUUUCUAACGCA